AUGGCCAAUACCCAUGCCGAAAACCCAUUUCAGGAUACUGAUCCAUCUCAUCGAUUCAACCCUCCCCAAUCUAAUUUUGGCUUCAAACGCCGCACACGUCCACCUCCAGUACAUCUUAAUGGUGUAAGAGAUGCGGAAAGUCGGGUGCCUUUGAAGUUGGAACGGCCAGAAUCGAAAGGUGGAUUACGUGGAAUCUUUAGCAGGAACAACAGGUCAAAUGUUACCCUUGACCCAGCCCCAGAAGACACACCUCCAGUUUCUGCAUUCUCUGAGAGGUCGAUGAAGGCUGUUGCAGAAAGAAGUCUUCCUCGAAGCCUGUCGGUAAAACGAACAACGACUGCCCAAACGAGGCCAGUCACCCCGAAGCCUACCACUAGGCUACCUCGAAUGAAUCUGAGAUCCAAGUCUGUGAAACAGGCCAACGUGCCUCCUAGCAAGAAACCGAUUAUUCCAUCGAGGACGAGUAAAUCGAGUCCGAGGUCUACGAAAACAUACCCACAACCACCAACUCGUACAUCACCUACUUGGGAUCCUCCACCUCUUUUCCAAGCAUACCCACAAGCGGUCAAGCAUGCAACGCUGUCUGCCUCGACGCUGUCCGCUGAUGCAAUAUUGCGAAUAAGUAAUCACAAGCGGAAUAGUAGUGUACGGGAAGAGACGACCCAAGCUCGGCAAAAUGGGGGCGAUCCAAUUGCAGCUGUAAAGAAGACGGAAAGGGCGAAAGGCAGACACCGAAGGCAAAUCUCUGGCUCAAUAUCUAAAGCAGAUUGGACCCAGAAGAUUUUCAUUCUGGUCACGUCAGGGUAUCUUCUCCAAUAUGCGGCAACUGGCUCAUUUGAUAGACUGCCAGAAAAGAUGAUGAAGCUUGGCAAGGAAUCGGUUGCAUUUGCAAGUGAUGUAAUUCCAGGAAAACAUUGGGUUCUUCAAAUUUCUCAAGCAAUGGACUCCGAUGGAGUCCCAGCUGCUGACUCCCGGUCCUUGUUGUCAAGGCUCACUUUUAGGGGUGCUGAUUAUCGAAGAAGUGCAACCAGUUUACUAUUAGUUCUAAAUAGUGCAGAAGACAUGGAUGCCUGGAUGGCUGUUGUGCGAAAAGAGAUUGAGGCCCUAGGUGGCAAGAAGCUUGUUUCUGAGACAGGAAAACCAAAAGCGGAUGGCAAUGUGAUGCAGCUCAAGGAGCGGCCGAGUCAUCGCUAUUUAGUGCAGAAGGAUCCUGAUCAGUUUUCGAAUCCUGCUUCCCCUCAAGCUCUCUGCUUUGCCCCCCCUUGGAACGUUGAGAACCCAACUGGAGAAACAAUGGAAGAUGCUGCAUCUACUCUGGUCGAUCCAGAACCUCCGGUGAUUCGACCUUCAACUGGCCACUGUUCUAGAACGAACAGCACCACGUCGCGCGAUGAGCAGCAGCUUGAUAAUUUGAGGCAUAGCACCAAUCGCCUCUCCUACAUGUCUUCUGGCCAGCGAACUUUGAUCUCUUCACCAGCUACUUCACCAAACAGAGAGAGUUUCUCAGCAUCUGAGGAUAUCCCUCCCAGCAUAUUUACUGAAGAAUCAAGGCCAAGACCAAUUGCGUCCGCCAUCAAUGAGCGCCGAAGGUCCAUGCAGAAUAUGCCUGUUCCACUCCUUGAAGCACAUACGCCAAAAGGUUACCGACAUUCGACCUACGGAGGCCCUUCCCGCCCAAUUCGAAACCCGUCGUCUCCUGUUCCUCCAAAUUUCAGUAUCCCAACCUCGUCCAUCCAAAGAUAUACAACAAUUAAAGGCCCUGUUAUCAUAAUUCCAGGACAACCCACUAACGAGAUGCCCAUCAACGAGAUUCCUACCAUAAUUACGACCACACCGACUAAAAUAUGCGAGGCGUUACCCCAGGGGCCUAGGAAGAUACCACCAGUAGCACUGAAACUAACCGUAGCCCAAUCACUCCCUCUUGUCAAAGAUAGCCAAUCUCCUCUGCACCAAAUGCAGGUCUCCACACCCACCAAGUCUUUGGAGGAUGUAUCACAAAUCAAACCACGGACUCCGAGUGAAAUUGCCUCUUCACCAAAUGAAGUCGCUGAUUCAUCCCGCGGUUUCAGCGUAUUGCCUCUGAAUUCACACGAAACUUCGCAUGUCGGCUUCCACCUUCCUGGUAGACCCUCGAGCACGCGUACUCUAGUUGAUACAGAAGAUCGACUCCCAGAAGCACCACUACGGCCUGCACCGCCGUAUCCAUCUGAAGCGCUGUCAACACCGUUACCAGUCUCACCACCUAUUACUGAGAUGAAGGAAGAAGCGAACGUCACAAGUGCUCACACAGAGAAAGAAUUACUGUCACCACUACCAGCUAUCACAAACACGAGAAUUAAGCUCCGACGUCCAGUAAGCAUGCAAAUUCGAGCUACAGAACGCUCGCAAUCUCAGAGCCCUCGAUCAAUACCCAAAUGUACGUUGACGCCCCGAAACCGGCCAUUGUUGUCUCCAUCGAAAGAAACGACAUCAGCAUCAUCGCUUCUAUCACCAUCAAUGCAGCGCUUGAAAUCAGCAGGGAAUGCGAAGUCGUUGGCAAAUAGAAAGAGCAUGCCAGUACUUAUCAAUGGGCCACCUGCUCCCCCGCCGUCCUGCGCAUUGCCACCACUGCCACCAGGAAGUAGUUCGAGCAGCUUGAAAUCUCCCGCUUCGGCGAAGAGUGUUAGGGCUUCCGUGCCUGCUUGA